UCGUCCCCAAGUUUUUCCAGUACGUGCUGAAAGUCGUUGUGCAGGCAGUGCAGCUACUGUACACGAUGCUGAAGAUGCAGCAGCCGUCCUAUGUUCUUCUUCAGAACCCUCCAGGCUUACCUGGCAUUGCUGUUGCCUGGGUGAUGUGUCUUUUUUGGGGGAGCAAACUGAUCAUUGACUGGCACAACUAUGGGUAUACGAUAAUGGGUCUGAGUCACGGCAGGAACCACCCGCUCGUGCAGAUUGCAAAAUGGUAUGAAAAGCUUUUUGGGCGUUUGUCUGACUAUAACUUGUGUGUCACUCAUGCCAUGAAAGAAGACCUGUGGGUGAACUGCAACAUCAAGGCAGUAACUCUGUAUGACAAGCCAGCCUCUUACUUCAAGGAGACACCACUAGAAGUUCAGCAUCAACUGUACAUGAAGCUUGCCAAAGACUAUGAAGCUUUUAAGCCGCG